GGAUUUGGUGAUGAGUGGAGAGGAAGGUGAUACUUCUAGCUUUAUACCCAACGGGGAGUGGGAUCUUUUAGGUUUACCGGGAAAGCGGAAUGUGAUAGUGUACGAAUGCUGUCCGACGCCCUACGUGGACAUCACGUUCACGAUACAGAUUCGCCGGAGAACGCUGUACUACUUCUCCACCCUCAUCAUCCCCUGUGUCCUCAUAUCCUCCAUGGCCCUGCUGGGCUUCACGCUCCCUCCCGACUCCGGAGAGAAACUCACGCUAGAGGUGACCAUUCUGCUUUCUCUGACGUUCUUCUUAAACAUCACCACCGAAAUGAUGCCAGAAACCUCAGAGGCUGUGCCCCUGAUAGGCACCUACUUCAACUGUAUCAUGUUCAUGGUGGCGUCAUCGGUAGUGCUUACUGUGGUGGUGCUGAACUACCACCACAGGACGGCCGACACUCAUCGGAUGCCGCAGUGGAUAAGCACACUCUUCCUCAACUGGCUGCCGUGGUUCCUGCGCAUGUCGCGGCCCGGUCGCAAGAUCACCCUCAAGACCAUCAUGAUGAACAACAAGAUGAAGGAGCUGGAGCUGAAGGAGCGCUCGUCCAAGUCGCUGCUGGCCAACGUGCUGGAUAUGGACGACGACUUCCGCGGCGGCCUGGCUCCGUCCGGGUACGCCGGCGGCCUCGAGUAUACCCCGGCCAGCGGCUGCGUGGGCACCCACCGCGAGCUGCAGGCGCUGCUGCGCGAGCUGCGCUUCAUCACCGCGCGCAUCCGGAAGGAUGACGAGAUCCGGGACAUAAUCAGUGACUGGAAGUUCGCCGCCAUGGUGGUCGAUCGGUUCUGCCUGAUAGUGUUCACGCUGUUCACGCUGGUCGCCACCAUAGCCAUACUCUUGACUGCGCCUCAUAUUCUGGUGGCAUAGGCGGCGGGCGCAGGCGUGGAGGCGCAGGCGUGGAGGCGCAAGCGGUGGCGGCGACAGGCUCAAGAGGCCACGCGGACGGCGCGUGCGCCCCGGUGCAGACCCCCGCGCGUGUGUGGGUGUGGGUGUGCGUGCGUGUCGGCCCGACCGGACCACAAUUGGCUGCUUUCGACCCCACAUGGUGACCCAUUCGUACUGACACAUUGUUCAUUCAUUGAGUGGCGUGCGAGGCAGCGCGCCGGGUGUGAAAUGUGUGAGCGGCUGUGUGAGAUGUGUGAUGCUCCCCGAAUGAGGCGAGUGUAUCUCACUGUUAAUAUUACGAUAGGGUGGCUUGUAGAUGGUUAGUUGACAAUUAUAUGUCAUAGCCCUCUAAGAAUACGGUUGUGCCACGUCGCAUCAUCCCUUCUCCCCUUUCCCUGAUGAACAGAUGCGAAGGCGUUGACACUUGACUUCAAUAACCAGAACUUUGCCGAGUUUUCACAGAAGUGAAUUGACACAAAUUGAAAAUGUCAUCGACAUUUCCAAGUAAUCUUGCUUGAACCGUCCCAUCCAUACCUAUUGUCUAAUGCAUAUUUCCAGGUACUUUUUCACGAAUGAAAUACUUAUCAACUUAGGCAAAUAUAAUCGGAUGCCGUCACAACUUUACAAAUAUUUGCCAAACUUUUGAAACGUACGUACAUAUGGUCGCUUUGAUCAUCGAUAUACAAAAUUGUCAAUAAGUUUAGAAUGGUUCAGAACGAAGUGUCAAAAAGAUUACUCUACGAAGAUAUAAGGCGUUUCAUGUUAGAAUAUGUUCUACACCUAAUUAAAAUUAGGAAUCCCCUUUUGCUUAUGAUACUCAUUAUAUUAUGUAUUUGCUAAAACAUUGCAUUGGUUUAAUGUGUCUUUCCAUUUUCUUCCAAAUAUCGUCUUUGCUUUGCGCAAGAAAAAUAAGAUGUCUUGUACUUUAUGUACAAUGUACGUUGUACACAUAUUUCAAUUACGUUGGGAACCACAAUAUUUUGGAAUAUUAUUCCACGAUAUUUCUAAUAUAGCACGACGGCAUCCACAGCAUAACAUAUAUUGAAAUAAUCAACACAUCGUCAGCCGAAAUAUUCGAUCAUUAUUUUACUACAGUUAUUAAUUCCUUAUUUUCAAAAACUCAAUUCAUUUCUUGAAAGGACGAAAAAAAUAAUUUGUUGUGCUGUCAUUGCGUCGUUCAUCACCUAAUGUCCAUGUCAACAUUUAUUUUUCACAUAUCUCAGCAUAGUAUGUAUAUUUCAUAGACAAAACACCAUUUGCCCUACAGUAUUAUAAAGGCCAACUUGCUCACUGGCUCCCGAACUGGGGUGCAUAUCACGGCACCACGAGGCUUCCUGAUACGAGAGACGGGGCGAACGGGGUGCACACUACUCACGCUCAAUUAGUCAGACAUUCCGCGGAGACUGGUGGCGCCGGCGACCAGCUGUGUUCUGGUCAGUGGUCAGUGGCUGGUCAGUGGUCAGUGGCUGGUCAGUGGUCAGUGGUCAAUGGUCGGUGGCUGGUGAGCGUCUCCCGCUGACGAAACUUGUAUGUGGCCGGGCCGGGCCUGCGGCCGGUCGGACGGUCGUAUUUUAUCUCCGCGAGCGUGGCCGCUGUCCCGCUGCUUCCUUCCGGCGGGGGAUGUGAUCCGGAGGGUGUGAUCCGGGGAUCCUCCGGACCGGCCGGACACCCGCCCCUCGAACUGGCCGGACACCCGUCGCCGGAACAACUCUGUGGUGAUGCGAGUGUCAUCGUUGAUUAACAUAUUGUUUAGGUGUGCUAACAAUGCCAACUUGACUAUUUCGUGUCUCUCAAACUUUGUGCAUGUGCUCUCCGUUUUUGAAAUGAAGCCAUUUCUACAAAU